AUGCCUAUUAUCAAUAAAGACUUGGAUCCUGCAUUCCAAACGGCAGGGGCGAACCCUGGCUUGGAAGUUUGGUGUAUUGAAAACCAGGAGUUGGUGCUAAUGUCUGAGUCAGACCAUAGAAAAUUCUAUACCGGAAGUGCAUACAUAGUUCUGAAUGCAGUUUUCCCCAAAAAUGGCCCUCCUCAUUAUGACAUUCAUUACUGGCUUGGAAAUGACACAAAAAAGGUGGAUUCAAGCUUGGCAUCAGACAAGGCACUUGAGUUGGAUGCGGCCUUAGGAUCCUGCAGCGUUCAAUAUAGGGAAAUUCAAGGCCAAGAAUCACAGAAGUUUCUAUCAUACUUCAAGCCUUGUUUAAUACCCAUUGAAGGAGUGUUUACUUCAAAGCAAGGGAAUUUGAAUGGUGAAUACCAAGUCAGCCUGUACUCAUGUAAGGGAGACUAUGUUGUCCAUGUGAGAGAGGUUCCUUUUCAGAGGUCAUCGUUGAAUCACGAAGAUGUAUUCAUACUGGACACUGCUUUAAAAAUCUACCUUUUUAGUGGUUGCAACUCUACCAUUCAAGAAAGAGCCAAAGGUUUGGAGGUUGUUCAAUAUAUCACGGAGAAUAAGCACGGUGGAAAAUGUGAGGUGGCCACAAUAGAGGAUGGAAAAUUUGUUGGUGAUUCUGAUGUGGGAGAGUUCUGGAGUUUAUUUGGUGGUUAUGCUCCAAUUCCUCGGGAACCGCCUGCUAGUCAGGAAUCCGUGGCUCCAUCUGCAAAGCCAUUUUGGAUAAAUCUACAGGGAAAAUUUUGUCCUAUUGGAAGCAGUGCAUUCAACAAAGAAAUGCUGGAGUCAGACAAGUGUUAUAUGUUAGACUGCGAUAAUGAGAUUUUUGUCUGGAUGGGUAGGCAGACCUUAUUGACCGAAAGAAGAACAUCGAUCAAAGCUGCUGAGGAUUUUGUCAGAAACGAAGGAAGAUCGAGCAAGGCUCAUUUGACAUUUUUAUCAGAGGGAUUGGAAAGUACUAUCUUUCGGUCACACUUUACUAAUUGGCCUAAAACAGUAGAACCUAGGCUUUAUGAAGAAGGACGAGAAAAAGUGGCAGCCAUAUUCAAGCAUCAGGGUUAUGAUGUGAAAGAGCUUCCAGAUGAAAAGGAUGAUGAGCCAUCUAUAGAUUACGGUGGCACAAUAAAAGUCUGGAGAGUGGAUGGUGAUGAAUUAUCCCUUCUUCCAGUUACCGAACACACGAGACUUUACAGUGGAGAUUGCUAUAUAGUGCAGUAUACAUUUCCAGGAAACGGAAGGGAUGAGACUCUGUUUUAUGCCUGGCUUGGCUGCAGAUGUGUAACGGAGGAUAAAACAGCUGCUAUUUCCCACAUCAAUACUAUGGUUGAUUCGUCCAGAACUAAUCCAGUCAUGGCUCAAAUUCACGAGGGCAAAGAGCCAUCUCAGUUUUUCUCAAUACUCAAGAGGUUAAUCGUAUUCAAGGGGGGAAACAGUUCAGGAUAUAAGAAGUUUAUAGAAGAAAAAGGUAUAGUGGAUGAAACUCCCAAUGAAAACUUGGUAGCCUUGUUUCGAGUUCAAGGCACAAGUUCAGAUAAUAUGCAGGCCAUCCAGGUCGAUCAAGUUUCAAGUUCCCUGAAUUCAUCCUAUUGCUAUAUUCUCCGAAGCGAAGCUGCUAUGUAUACUUGGAUUGGGAGCCUAUCUUCAGCAAGAGACCAUAAUCUUCUUGAUCGAAUGGUGGAACUGUUUAAUCCGACACAGCUACCUGUAUCAGUGAGGGAAGGGAAUGAACCUGAUAUUUUUUGGGAUGUUCUUGGCGGAAAGGCAGAAUAUCCAAGAGAGAAAGAAAUUCAAGGAUUCAUAGAUGAUCCACAUUUGUUUGCUUUAAAAAUAACCAGAGGGAAAACAUGUCUAAUUGAUGGUUCUGUUUCUCACGCAAAUUUAUUGGAAUUUCAACUCAGGAGACUUCAAGAUGAAAGAGAAGCUCUCAACCUUGGCCUGAAAUUUUUGGAAAUGGAUGUUCUUGUUGAAGGCCUAUCCUUGGAAGUCCCUAUUUAUGUUGUAAUGGAAGGUUAUGAGCCUCUGUUUUUCACUCGUUUCUUUUCAUGGGAUCACUCAAAAGCAAAUAUUCUUGGUAAUUCAUUCGAGAGAAAGCUUGCAAUUCUGAAAGGAAACUCCAGGGACUCUACCCCUAAUGGUCAUAAAAGCAGUUCUAACAUUCCCAGUGGCCGUCGAAGAAGUAGUUCACCUCUACCUAGGAGUAGUUCACCUCUACCUAGGAGUGCUGGCUCAGACUAUAGGCAAUCAGGCAAUCGGCUUUUUUCAAGCCCUACUCCAGUUGCCAAGAAUCUCUUUGAAGGAUCUCCUGCCAAUAACAGAGCUGAACAAACAACAACACUGCUGGCUGAUUCUCCAUCAACAGAACUGAGCUCCUCAAAUGAGACUUCAAAUAUCACCGAGAAGGACAAAAAUAUUGACCGUGACAGUUUGUCGAUACACCCGUACGAGCGCCUUCGAGUGGUUUCUCCGAAUCCAGUAACCGGCAUCGAUUUAACCAAACGAGAGAGAUGGAUACAUUAUUUUCUCGGCUACCAAACCUCCCAUAAAAAUGAAAUUUUGGCACAUUCACUCUAUGGAGCGUCUGAAGAGAGAGUUGAUGUGAUGGCUAGAGGGAGACAUCGAGGCUGGGGAACAAAUUAG